AUGGCGCCGGAAGAGAAGAACGCGAGCGAAAAGGCCGUGGAGAGCAGCGUGGCAGUGGCAAGCAGCCCGGUUCAUCGGGCAAAGUUGCGCAGUCUGCAAGCUCAGAAGAAGAAGAAGGCAACCAAAGCUCUGUCGAAGAUUAACAAUGGGUACAUACGGAGCGCGAAACGCUCGGCAAUCCUUGGUGCAAAUGGCAUAAUCAAGUCCAGAUACGGACCCGGUGGCGCCUCAAGAAACCCUUCCAUCGACUACACCGACGCCGAUUUUGCCGACGCCGGUAUCGCUAGAAGUGAGUCGACUCCACGGGUGGAGGAACAGGUGCGAGACGAGGCAAGAAUUCUGGCGAAGGAACACAUGCCAAGGGCAGCAGUUCUGGCAGUAUACGCCGCCAAAAUACGACCACUCUUGCCACCGAGAAACUCGGUGACCGAUGCCAAGAGGAGGGCCGACAGCAGCAGCAGCAGCAGCUACAACAACACACGCCCGAGCAAAUUCAAGAAGACAAAGUUCCGGGUGCGCAAUUCAUCAACUGUCAAAAGCGCCAUCUUCCUCUGGCUGCACAGUAACAAAAACGAUGCCGCCAACGACUACCUCCAGAGCAGACCUCAUCUCCGCAACGCUUUGGAGGGAGACGGGUUCCUUCGCACUGUCCUCGAGCCAGACGUCGAUGUUAAGCCAGCACACUACAUCUCGUAA